GCAUUCUGUUGUGAGCUGUCAGUGCGAGUGUCAGUGCGAGUCCCCCCUUGGAAAGGGGACUGUCGUGUCUCUUAAGUAACUAUCUCAUCAUCCAUUCCCGGGGGACUACCCGUUAAACGGUUGUGAUCCAGGAUGCCCUAUGUACUCGUUAGUACUCAGAUCCGGCUGGAGACUGGGCCGACCAUGGUAGGAGAUGUAUACUCUGACCCAGCAAUAAUGAACUACCUGGGAGCCACGAAAACCACCAUGCUGGGGAACAAUUUCUCGGAGUACCACGUAGACGACCCUCCGCGGUUGGUGUUGGACAAGUUGGAGAAGAUUGGCUUCCGUGUGGUGACGAUGACGGGCGUGGGACAAACACUGGUGUGGUGCAUGCACAAGGAGACUGAGUGACCUGACUGUGGAUCAAGGACACUCAUAGCGUGUCUUGGGCCACAUGGUAGUGGUGGUGGUGGUGGUGGUGGUAGUGUCCUCUGUCCAAUGAGGAGCCACAGAGCUAAAACCUAUACUGUACAUACUACAUUACAAAUCAAGGAUGGAUUCUAUACAUUAAUUCUGCUACUGUUCUCUGUGAUGUAAUGGUCUUUUCUCUCUUCCAUUCAUUUUGUUUUUAGCAAGGGGUGCAGAUUACUGAAUUUUGGAUGACGAGCAAUUCGACAGAUCGUUAUUUGCCCCGUUAGCAAAUGUGUGAAUUUGUAUAAUGAUGCUACUUGUCAAAAAUCUUUUGUACUGAUGGAGCAGCUACCAAAUAUAUAUGUGUAGUGGCUUGUUCAUAAUCUGUCAUAGCAAUGGGUUUACAGACUUCAGGGAAAUAGGACAAUGUCAAGAAAAGUACAUUCCAGAGAGGAUUACAGCUCAAAUGACCAUAUCCUCAAGAUUCCUUUUCCAUGAGUAUGGAGGGUAGUUCAUUUCAUUGCAAUUCGUUACUAUCUGUAACUGAAUCUGAAUGUCAAGAGUACGAUGAUGAAUCAGUUCCACAGUAUUACUUUGCUUUUAGGCCAAGCAAAUAUACCUUUUACCAGCAUGGAAACAUUCCUUUAUCCUUACUCCAAUUCCAUUAGAUUAGAAAUCAAAUCAAUUUUUAUUUGUCACAUGCUCAGUAAACAGGUGUAGACUUAAUAGUGAAAUGCUUACUUACGGG